AUGAUUUCUUCCCAGCAAGACAUUGCUGGACCAUUUACAUCAGAGCAGACGCGAAUGCUGACUACAUGGACACUCCACAAGCUCCGAGAUGAAUCACCCCUGAUGCGUGACAAACUCGCCACCCAUGCUUUUGUGGUGCGGAGUCAGACCUUUGAACCACUCACCCCGGGCCCAUUCCUCCGCUGGGUGGGUCCAGCAAUCAAAUUGGAACGCGGAGAUGAGAUCAGUGAAAGCGAGGACAAAAGCAACGUUGAAGCUCUCCAUCGAGGUAUACAGUUCACACUUCGAAUGUGCAGCAUCCUUCAUAGAGAGACGAAAAAGAGCUGGGAGGACUAUCUGAAAGAUACAGCGCCAUACGCGCAGACUUGUUCAACCGCUCUGGUGGCUCUCUUACAAACAGGAGAACCUACAGGGUAUAAGCUAUAUCCCAUGCUAGAGGUUAUGGAUCUGAUAUUGUGUGAAGCUCAGGGAGUCGGUUCACACAAUCGUGAACACUGGAUUCAGUGGAUGGAUCAAGCUGCGAGCUUGCUCGUUCGAAAUUCCAAAUUCAUUCCGGCUCCUCUCCGAGAAAUGUUAGAAUCAGAGGUCAACAGGUUCUCCACCUACAUUGACUGGGCCAGACAAUGUCCAAUACAGAGAUUUCAGAGCUUUGACAAAAGCGUUUCAAAAGACCCAAGUGCUGACGGCUCAUACGUGUCGGAGGAGGACAUAUUUACAAUCAGAAUCAGCUAUGCCAGCCAACUUCUUGGUGCCUAG